AUGGCAACCACAGCCCACAUGGGAGCUCCACAAGGUGGAUCAUCAUCGGGGAAUACGCUUUCUUCGCUCUCCUCAAUGAAUCAUGUCAAGUCGAGAAAAAAGGGAAUGGAAUUUACGGAUGUCAAAGUGUGUCGGGGCUACCAAAACAAACUGGGAACCAUUGAUGCAAAUACAGCAAACGUUGGAGGAAGUAUAAUGAUUAAUCAGAUUAAGAAAAAUCACACAGUAAAUAUGAUGUCCAUGAAAAAGAGGGUUGACAAUGAUUUACCGUGGUCAUACAAAUAUUCAAAGAAUUUCAAUAUUGCACGGGUGAGCCCUCCAAAGAAGAUCAAAUCAUUGGCUCCUCUGAAAGAAGUUCGACAUGCGUCAGGUUCUUCUCCAAGCAAACAACCACAUUCAGCACGAGAAUAUACAUCAAAAGGAAGCAAACUAGAUUUAAAUGGGGUUCCACAAUAUGUUGAAGGUUUCAUUUCCUCGAAUUCUUGUGGUACAGAUACUCCUUCUAAGGACGAUGAGGAAGAGGUUGAUGAAAAUUUUGGAGAAAUUGAGGAAGAAGCACCUUUCACUUCUGAAUCUCAUGAAGACACUAAGAAUGAAGGUAAAAAUCAAUACUCUCGCGCUCCACACGAAGAGGGCCUUUCACUACAGAAAGUGGAGUAA